AUGGGUCUCGUUUCUGUCUUUAUACGAACACAUUUCUUAGCAUUUAACGGCUUUCAAUCGGACAUUCAAGACCCUUCACCCGACACUGCAAUGAUCCCUCGAAGACGCCGUUUGUUGUUCACCGUUGGAGCGUUAAUCUUGUGCGUUCUCCGAAAUAUCUUGACGAGAAUGAACGUUUCCACAAGCCCGAAAGGAAAAAGGGGGAAAAUCAUGUGCGCAAUAGAACAUCAAUGGUUAGCGAUCCUCUCGUUUUUUGAUGAUCAUAUUAUGGUGUUUGAAGAUCUAAUCGAGAAGUUUUUCCCACCGUCGACCCGUGUUUUCGACAAGAUCGACGAGCUCCUUCAAGUAUCGGAAUCUUUACCUCCAAAAUUCGACGAUUUCAUCGACAAUGAUGUACCAAUGAUUAUGCAACACAUACCGUUUCUUGAUCGGGUCUUCAAGAAAGACGAAAAGGAAAUCGUGAUUGAUAUCACAUGUCAUGGUUAUAGAGUCGAACCAGAAAAUGCUUCCAAACACGAAAAUGUGGUGAAAUCGGAUGGUGAAAAUAAGAAAGUUGACAAGGAAGAUGUGGACACGUCAAAGAUGGUCGAUAAGCUUGGUCAAACGAACGUCCACGAGAAGAUGACGAACGAAGAGAAGAAUCAUGAUCUUAACAAAGAAAACGACGAGAUGGAUGAUGGCAAUAACGAUUUUCUUUAUUCCGCAAGAGCAACUAGUAGUAACGAGGAAAUUGUUCAAUCUGAGGAUCCCAUCUUCGAGCUAUUUGAAGCUGGAUGGGCGAUGUCGCCGCGUACCCUCUCGAGCGCAUCGUCGAUAUGA